CCAACCCCAAAAGUCCCUUGUCAAUCUUUGCCAGAUUUCUCUGGAUUUUCAAUCAUAUUCUGCCAUAAACAACCGCUCAUAAUAUUACUUUGUUCUAGUGUGAAGAUUUUUUCACCAACGUACUUUUGGGUAUCCUUUUCUUCAGUUUCAAUCAUCAUUGGUUUCAUUUCUUCUUGGUGUUGGAGAGAGACAGGAGGGGUAUUGCUUUUUUGGGAGAGAAUUGAAUUUGGUUUGGAGGAGGCCUAAAGUGAUGGAACAGAAGCACAUUUUGUUGUCUGCGCUGAGCGUUGGGGUGGGUGUCUCGGUUGGGCUUGGUUUGGCUUCUGGACAGACAGUGAGUCGAUGGACAGGGCUGAAUUGCUCGCCGGACGCCAUUACAGAAGAGCAGAUUGAGCAUGAGCUUCUGCGGCAGGUUGUGGAUGGAAGGGAAAGCAAGGUCACCUUUGAUGAAUUUCCUUAUUUCCUCAGUGAGCAGACACGAGUAUUACUUACAAGUGCUGCAUAUGUUCAUCUAAAACACUCUGACUUUUCUAAGCACACUCGAAACCUUGCACCUGCAAGCAGGGCUAUUUUGCUCUCAGGACCUGCUGAACUUUACCAGCAAACACUUGCCAAAGCUUUAGCACAUUUCUUUGAAGCAAAGUUGCUGCUGUUGGAUGUUAAUGACUUUUCUCUAAAGCUGCAAGGCAAAUAUGGUUGUCCCAAAAAAGAAUCUUCUUCCAAGAAGUCCAUCUCAGAAACAACAUUGGGGCGAAUGUCUAGUUUUCUUGGCUCUUUCUCAAUCCUUCCCCAAAGAGAAGAAACCAAAGGCACAUUAUCUAGGCAAAGCAGUGGUGCCGAUAUUAAAUCAAGAUGUAUGGAAGGUGCUAAUAAUCCUCCAAAGCAUCGCAGGAAUGCUUCUACUUCAUCUGAUAUGAACACUGUUGCUUCCCAAUCUACCACUCAAAGUUCAGCUCAUGUCAAGCGCACAAGCAGCUGGGCUUUUGAUGAGAAACGUCUUUUGCAGUCACUUUGCAAGGUCUUGGUUUCAGUAUCGGAAGCACGUUCCAUUAUUUUAUACAUCAGGGAUGUUGAGAAGUUUCUUCUCCAAUCAGAUAGAUUUUACAAAUUGUUCCAGAAAAUGUUGGACAAACUUUCAGGGUCAGUUCUGAUACUUGGUUCCCGCAUGUUGGACAAUGAUGAUGAGGGCAGAGAAGUGGAUGAGAGAGUGGGCCUUCUAUUCCCUUACAAUAUUGAAAUCAGGGCACCGGAGGAUGAGACACGUCUUGAUAGCUGGAAAGCUCAACUGGAAGAGGAGAUAAAGAUGCUCCAGUUUCAGGAAAACAAAAACCAUAUUGCUGAGGUGCUUGCAGCAAAUGAUCUCGACUGUGAUGAUUUGGGUUCAAUCUGCCAUGCAGACUCUAUGAUUCUAAGUAACUACAUAGAAGAGAUUGUAAUAUCUGCAAUAUCUUAUCAUUUGAUGAAUAACAAAGAUCCAGAAUACCGAAAUGGAAAGCUUGUCAUAUCUUCCAAGAGUUUGUCCCAUGGCUUGAAUAUAUUCCAGCAAGGUAAAAGUGGUGGAAAAGAUACACUAAAACUGGAAACAAAUGCUGAAUCUUCUAAGGAUACUGAAGGGGAAGAGAGUACUGGUGGAAAGCCUGAAGGAAAGGCUGAGACUUCAGCACCUGGAAGCAAGAGUGAGACUGAGAAAUCUGCACUAGCAAAGAAGGAUGGUGAGAAUCAACCUGCAACAAAAGCUGCAGACGUUCCACCUGACAAUGAAUUUGAGAAGCGUAUAAGGCCAGAGGUUAUCCCAGCGAAUGAGAUAGGAGUGACAUUUGAUGAUAUCGGUGCUUUGAGUGACAUUAAAGAAUCACUUCAGGAGCUGGUCAUGCUCCCUCUUCGAAGGCCAGACCUCUUCAAGGGUGGGCUUCUUAAGCCUUGUAGGGGAAUAUUGCUCUUUGGGCCUCCUGGUACUGGAAAAACCAUGCUGGCAAAGGCCAUUGCCAAUGAAGCUGGAGCAAGCUUCAUCAAUGUCUCAAUGUCCACCAUCACUUCAAAAUGGUUUGGUGAAGAUGAGAAGAAUGUUCGAGCUCUGUUCACACUCGCAGCAAAGGUCUCCCCAACUAUUAUUUUUGUGGAUGAGGUCGAUAGCAUGCUCGGGCAGCGGACUAGAGUUGGAGAGCAUGAAGCAAUGCGUAAGAUUAAGAAUGAGUUCAUGACACAUUGGGAUGGGCUACUGACAAAAGCUGGUGAACGAAUCCUUGUUCUUGCUGCAACCAACAGGCCAUUUGACCUUGACGAGGCAAUUAUCAGGCGGUUUGAGCGCAGAAUUAUGGUUGGUCUACCAUCUGUGGAGAGCAGGGAGAUGAUCUUGAAGACUCUCCUGGCAAAAGAAAAAGCAGAGGAUCUUGACUUUAAGGAGCUUGCAACCAUGACAGAAGGAUAUACUGGAAGUGAUCUUAAGAACUUGUGCGUGACGGCAGCUUAUCGACCUGUUAGGGAGCUACUACAACAAGAGAGAAUGAUGAAGGAUAAGGAAAAGAAGCAGAAAGCUGAUGAAGGGCAAAGCUCAGAGGAUGCUUUGGAUGCCAAAGAAGAAGCUAAAGAGGAGAAAGAAAUUGUUCUGAGACCCUUAAACAUGGAAGACAUGAGGCAGGCAAAGAAUCAGGUUGCUUCUAGUUUUGCUUCUGAGGGAGCAGUAAUGAAUGAGCUGAAGCAGUGGAAUGAGUUGUAUGGAGAAGGUGGUUCAAGGAAGAAGAAACAACUGACCUACUUCCUAUAGGCCACAUCCUAUACACACGCAUCAGCAGCACCAUUCUUUGUGAGAAGGGUUGAAAAAGUUUGGGAAGCCAGAAAGCCAUUCACCUAAAACCCGCUAGUUAUGGCCAUGCAACACUGAAUUGAAAGCUGUAGAGUGAGAUGGGCAAAGAAAUCUGGACAGCCCAGAAAAGCAUGCAUAGGGGUGUUUUAGUGUAUCCUUCAUAUCGGUAUUUAUUAGGCCAUUAUACAAACAAACUGUUACCAGUUUCUGGGUGUUUCUUAGUAAUGAUUAUUAUGUAAAUGUGUGGUACUUGGAGAUGCCUAUGGAUUUGCAGAAAGUGAGAGAAACUACUAUUGGGUUUGGCUAUUUCUGUGUGGACUCUCUUCAUGCAGUAGCAUUUGUACAUUGGUAGUGUAAACUUCAUGGUACAGUAGCUGUAGUUAGAUUCUACAAAAUGAUUUUCACAUUUUGAAUGAUUUGCAUUUGCUGCAA